UGCCAUCUCUAACUAAACAGAAAACAUCAAACACAUGGGAGAGAGUGUUGUUGAUACUAACUUUUUUUGUUUUUUCUGAAUAUAAGGACCACAAAUAAAACGAAAGAAAUGAACGCAUUAAACCUAAGGGUUUCUUCUGUUAAAAACAAUGAAAAUGUACGAAAAAAUGCUGAAAUGAGGGCAGCUAUUGUAAAAUUACCGGCCCAAUAUCAAGCUGAUGGCAUAUUUUGUAUGGAGUUCGCCGAAUGCGCCACUGUACCAGAUCAGGUGGCUUGUGUUAAAAAGAUAUAUGGAGCUGCCAAAGAUAAUGAAGAUGUACUUCAGUUCUUAUGCGACCUUUUAUUUAGCAGUCCCUUAAAACAUCCUGUGCGCAAUCAAAUCGUUAAGCUCUUAGUUAAUGCUUUCACAGUAAAUGCUGAUAGCUUAACCGAAACUUCAAUUGUGAGAUCAUUAAGCAAAAGCAUACAAAGUCUUGUGGAGGAAACAAAAGCCAAUCCCACGAGCAUACAAUGGAACACGAACAUAGUUUCACUGUCUGGAUGUUUUGAGAAUUUCGAAUGUGGUCGCAAAGCUUUGGGUUUAAACAUAGAAAAUGUGUUCUUGAUAAUCUAUAUUUCUGUUGGUAAAUACUUGGAAGAAUUGAAGAGUAUAACUUCACCGUCAGUACGUAACGAAUACUACAUGUAUGUCCACAAUUCCGUGAGAAUACUUUUGACUUGUACGCAAGAAUUUGGACAGUCUUUGAAGAUAACACAUCCUGAAGAGUUGAGAAACCUUACCAGACUUUGUGGGGAUAUUGUUUUGGAUGGUGACAUUCCUAUGGACCCACGUACCAACGCUGGCAUGUUAAUGGCUAAUAUAGCAAGGCUUUUUAAUGAAUACGACAGCUUUGUCCUAAAAGCCCAGGAUAUACAAAGCCCCAAUGAAAUUGCUUUAUGUGUGGGAGUUAUAAACACCGCCAAUGCCGAAGAUUUCCAAAAAUAUUCCAUUAACAUAUUGGCGAUAUGUAAAAAAAUUGAUGAAAUUGCUAAUGCCAAUGCAACUGUGCCAAAUAUCUUACUGUGUGCCACAAGAGCUCUUUAUCAAAUAUCUAAAUUAACCCUACAGUUUGCCUUGGAAAGUUCAAAGGUGGAUAGCCAUGAAAUUUUGAAUAAAUUAAUGGAAUUUUCAGUGGCAUUUAUGGAACAUCACAUGGACAGUGUCAGACAUUUGUGUAGGGAUCUUAUGCGUAAUGUUGUGGCAGCUGCCAAGAAAUUGGAUUACCAAGAAUUGAUAAAUAAUAUCUAUCAAGCCUGCAACUCGGACAAAUUGUCAUUGGCGGUGAAAUGCGUAAUAUUGCAGCAAGUUUCCUAUGUUUUGGGUGCAGAUAAUAUUUUAGAUAAUUGUAAAACCAUUUUUGCCAAAUUAUUUGCCGAGAAUUUGGGAAAAGAUUUUAUUGUUAAUAAUUUAUAUGAAGCUUUAAUGAUGGCCAACUACAAGGAGCAGGCAUUUGAUGGAUGGUGUAAAACCUGGAUUGGAUUUUUACUAAAUAUAGCCAGUUUUCAAGAUUCGCGUUUGUCUGACAUAGAAACUCUAAUAGUUAAAGCGGUGAAAUGUGAUAGUCGUGUUGUCCAAAGUAUACUUUUUAGACAAAACGAUCAGCAAGCCAUUCCCAUAAGCACCAAACUCUCCACUCUAUGGGCUGUGCGUAAAUCAGGUAUUAAAAUUGACAACUAUGGGGAAAUUAUGCAGCAAUUCUCACGGCAUUUGCAGUUAAGUAUUUUAUCCAAUGACGAUGAGACACGCAUUAUGGCUCUUAGGCUCUUGGUGGAGACGCAUAAAACCACAGAACCCCUGACGCAGAUGGAAUGUGACUUGAUAAUUGUGUACUUGCAAUACAAUGUAAAUACCCAAUGCCCAGCCACAAGACAUAAAUCAUUGGGUCUGUUAACGAAAGCCUUAAAUCGUUGCAGUUUGGGUUUGCAAAAGUUCCUAAAGAGAAAAGAAGUGCAACAAGAAAAAUUGCUUGAACUUAAUUUCCUCAAAGCAUUUAUGAAAAUCUUGGUGGAAAAUCUUUUCGAAGGAGCCAACUUCAGUCGCAGAUCAGUAUCCCUGCAAUUGCUGCAGCAAUCAUUUGAAAUUGUUAACAAUUGUGGCUUGAAACUUUUAUCUUUGCUGCCAAACCAAAGCGUUAAAGUCUUGUAUGAAACCCUAAGAGAUUCCUACGAAUCUAACAAUGAAUUGGCUGUUAAUAUGCUGAAAUUACUACAAGAUAAUGCCACGGAUAUUGAACUGCUGAAGGAAUACCAAUUAGAAAUAGAUCUCAAUGACGUUUUGGAUCUUUUGACAUCUGUGAAGCCUACAGAUUCUGUUACUGCCUCAUAUCAAUUGGAAUUUUUGUGUCAUCGUGGUUGUCCUUCAAUGUUUGGAGAAUAUGAAUUGCCUCGUUAUUUGCCAACAUAUUUUGCUUCUUUGAAGUGGUUAUUAAAUCAUUUGAAGGAAGGUUUAGCGUUGGCCCGCGUAAGCAUUUUGGAGGCUGCUAAAAUGAAUCCAUUAUACGGCAUACUACUGGCAAUUAAACACUUAUUAGCAAAGAUACACUUUUCUCAAUUGGCAAAGGAGUCUGAAUGGCGUAGUUUGAUCAGCGAAUUGAUAAACAUCUGUAAGGAUUUAACAGAUGUGGUGUCGCCAAUUGUAAAUAGUUCAUCACCGGAAGGUCAUUUGCCCAAUGAUUUUGGGGAAUUCCCAGAGGAUAUUUUAACGGAGAAGAAGCACUCGCUUGAUUCAGAAUCUGCUCCCUGUAAAAUAUUAUCCUCAAAACUACGUAAAUCUGAUUUAGCUUCCCUCAAAACCACACCCCAAAUGGUUUUACUUUGUGCCUGGCGCACCGUGAAAGAAGUCUCUCUCAUUUUGGGUUAUGUUGUUUUGAAUUCCCCCAUACAAUUCACUGAAGAAAUGGAGGAAUUUCUCAUAACCAAAUCGCAGAUUUUGGAAAUUGGCGAACAUUUCAAGUUAUUGCUCUCGGAGACCAAACAUCGUGGCGCUUUUGAACAGGCCUAUGUAGGAUUUUCAAAACUUUGUUGUCGCCUCUGGACUGUGGAGAAUGCGGAGUUGAAUACCCUGCCAAUGAUGUGGCUAAAUGAGUUAAUAUCAAUUAUUUCUCAAGAAGAUGUAAAUAAUGGUAAAAUAUGCGCUACUCGCCGCAGUGCUGGCGUGCCAUUUAUGGUUCAAGCUUUAAUUACCUCAGAAUUGAAGGUGGGCUCGAUUAAAUCUUUGGCGUUUUGUAUGAAACACCUAUUGGAAUUGGCUUCUGGCAAGGAACACAGCUCGGAAUCUCGUACGCAUGCCUUGAAUAUAUUAAGAGCUUUGUUCCGUUGCUCGGAUUUAAAUGAAGCUGUGGGUGAAUAUGUUUCACAGGGUAUAACAGUUGCCAUCAACGGAUAUGAUGCCAGCAAUUGGUCGGAGAAAAAUUCAGCUACACUGCUAUUUGCCUCAUUAAUGACACGGAUAUUUGGUGUGCAACGUACCAAAGAUACGGAAAAUCUAAAUAUUCGUAAUAAAAUGACGGGACGUGUCUUCUUUUUGCGUUAUCCCAAAUUAUAUGACUUCUUUUUGGAAGAGCUGCAGAGGGCAAGUGAGCUUAUUGCCCAACAGCAGAAAGCCCAUAAGUUGCAUCCAUUGCUAUUGGUCUUAAGUCGUUUGUAUGUCUCGGCCUUGGAGGGUACCGAAUCGAAUUUGAAGCUAUCCCAAUUUAUACCAUUCAUCUCGGAGUGCGGUGGUUGUCCAGAAAUGCAGACACGUUAUUUGGCCGCCAAAGCUAUUGCUGCUUUGGUUAACAAGGAUGAAGUUACAACAUUGUUGAGAGAAAAAUGUGCGGAAAUUGUGUGUAUGGCUGAUGGAAGUGACCUUAAACUGAACCAUUUACAUGGCUAUAUGCUACAGAUUUACUUUUUAUUGAAAAACAACAACUCAAUUUUAAAUGAGGACCUAGCGAUGGAUAUCUGCUGCACACUUGUGUGUUUUCAUAAACGUACCGGUCUACAAAAUGUGGUUGUAUUGAAAACAAUGUCGGAUAUUUUCAUAGAAAUUUUAGGCAGUCUAUCGUCCUUAAAUGGUAAACAGGGUUUAGUGCAAUAUCUAGCAUACUUUUCUUCUUUGGCAACAGAAAUAGAAAUGAAUCCCAAACGUAGCUUUUAUUACACCGUGCAAUAUAAAUCAAAUUUCUUGUAUAACCUACACAACAUGCGCUUGACGUUGCCUGCAGAGGCUUUGAGUGACUAUAUUUUAGAGCCACCAGUAAAUCUGUUGCCAUUGGAACAAUCAGAAACGUGUCUCAAUAUUAUUUUGCUUUCAUUGGCGGGUAACAGCUACGACGAGGGAAUGUUGGCUGAAUUUGAAAUACUACCAAAUGAAGUGCAAUUUAUUAAAUGCUUAAAUGAAGAGACAUUACAAGAACUAUCGUCGGAGUUGAAAAAUAGCAAGGCAUUGAAAAUUUCGCUUAGAAAACUACUUGACAUACCCAAAUAUUAUCCGGAGGCCGCCAAGAAAGCUUACGCUAUUUUGAGUCAGCUAAGACACUUCGAUUUUACUUUAACGCAGCUCUUGGAAAAGGCAAAGCAGCAUAAAAACGAUGUAAAAUCAGCUCUGACCAUGUGUGUGGAAAGGGUCUUGCAAAGCAGUGGAGUUAACUAUGAUUGUGCCCAAAAAUGUCUGGAAUAUUUAAUAGAAAUCGCCCAUCCCUCACAGCCAUAUUGUUUGAGGAUCAAAGCUGCCAACAGCCUAAAACACAUUGCCGUUCAUUAUCGAAAAUGUUUGAAGCUGCAACGUUUAGAUUUUAUAAAUUUAUAUAUCAAACUUGUGUUGGAUCUUUUAAUGGACGAUGACUAUGACAUAAGAGAUGCCAGUGCCAAACUGGUUGUUUCUUGUCUAACGAACGAAACAGAUUUGUGUUUGCGUGGAAAUUGUCAGCAACAAUGUUUGAAAAUUUCCCCAAAAAACAAUGUUGUAUCGCCUGUGGUACAACGUCUAUUCUUACAAUAUACCGUGGAUCUGUUAGUUGCAUUUAAGGCCAGUGAGGACUACGUUGUAGAUAUAUUUAACCUCAUUGUCAAACACUAUGCUGUGACAAGUAGUAAUGACUUACCAUCAAGUUUUAUUGAUGUGGAAAUAUUUGAUAAAAGUGAAGCUAAUGAUUUUGCAGAACCUUUUAUGGUGGUAAAAGAUGCUACGGAAAUAUUUGCACAAACCUUCAGGAAUCAAGCAAAAAUUGUGGAACACUUGAGAAUGUAUGAAAAGUCCUAAAGGGGCAGAAUUCUCUUUUAGUUAGUGAAGCCAGAGUGGUAUACUUUCUUUGAAGACGUACUUUUUUUUUGCUU